AAGACACGGAGAGUGAGACAGCCGCUGGACUCCAUUAGCUUCAACCCUGAGGACGCACUUCUCGGGACUUUAGUUGGACGCAGUUUGUUUGUUUGUUUUAUUUGGAAGAAACGAAUCCUCCAUGAUAGAAUUAAACACGCGUUUCGCAAAAGAAAGGAGUUCAAACAGAGCGUCGGAUGUUUAAAGCUUCACUUUGACUUAUAACGUUAGCGCGCGUACUCGUGAAGGAUAUGGCUCUGGAUGGUAUUCGGAUGCCUGAUGGCUGCUAUGCUGAUGGCACAUGGGAACUGAAGAUGCAUGUGACUGACAUGAACAAGGAUGUCUCUCUGAGGGUGACAGGAGAAAUCCACAUUGGCGGAGUCAUGCUGAAGCUCGUAGAGAAACUCGAUGUCAAGAAGGACUGGUCAGACCAUGCACUGUGGUGGGAGAAGAAGAAAACGUGGCUGCUGAAGACGCACUGGACCCUGGAUAAGUACGGCAUCCAGGCCGAUGCCAGGCUACUCUUCACGCCCCAGCACAAGCUGCUGCGCCUGCAGCUGCCCAACAUGAAGCACAUGAAGGUCAAAGUGAACUUCUCAGACCGUGUCUUCAAGGCUGUGUCGGACAUCUGCAAAACCUUCAAUAUCCGCCAUCCUGAGGAACUUUCUCUGCUGCGUAAGCCCCGUGACCCCAAAAAGAAGAAGAAAAAGCUGGAGGACUUUGAAGAGGAGACCCUGGAGCUGGAAGGCCCUCUGCUUACUCCUGGAUCAGCUUCUGAGGUAAUAUACAUCGGACCGGUUAAAGGGAGUAUCUAUUCGAGUCCUGGCCUCUACAGUAAGACAAUGACUCCCACCUACGACUCUCGAGAUGGCAGCCCCCUUUCCCCCACCUCAGCCUGGUUUGGAGACAGUCCGCUGUCUGAAGGUAAUCCCAGCAUCCUCGCUGUGAGUCAGCCCAUCGCCUCGCCUGACAUAUUGGUUAAGCUCUACAAACCGCCCUCCCUCCUCGAUAAAGCCAAAAUAAAUCAGGGGUGGCUGGACUCCUCCAGGUCUCUAAUGGAGCAGGACGUUAAAGAGAACGAUGUUCUUCUUUUGCGGUUUAAAUAUCAUAGCUUUUUUGAUCUCAACCCCAAGUACGAUGCUAUCCGGGUUAACCAGCUCUACGAGCAAGCCAAAUGGGCCAUCCUGCUGGAGGAAAUCGAGUGUACUGAGGAAGAGAUGAUGAUGUUUGCGGCUCUCCAGUAUCACAUCAACAAGCUGUCCAUCAUGUCUUCAGACAAUCACAUGAACAACAGUGAGAAGGAGGUGGAUGAAGUUGAUGCUGCACUCUCAGACCUGGAGAUUACCCUGGAGGGUGGAAAGACCUCUAACACACUGGGUGACAUCACAUCCAUCCCUGAACUUGCUGAUUAUGUGAAAGUUUUCAAGCCGAAGAAAUUGACACUGAAAGGACCCAAGCAGUACUGGUGCACAUUUAAGGACAUCACAAUCUCCUGCUACAAGAGUCGCGAGGAGGCCCAUGGCAUACCGGCCCACCAGAUGAACCUGAGAGGCUGUGAGGUUACACCAGAUGUAAAUAUUUCUGGUCAGAAAUUUAACAUCAAGUUGUUAAUUCCAGUCGCGGAUGGCAUGAACGAGAUCUGGCUGCGAUGCGACACUGAGAAGCAGUACGCACAGUGGAUGGCUGCUUGUCGUCUGGCCUCCAAAGGGAAGACUAUGGCAGAUAGCUCCUAUAACCUGGAGGUCCAGAACAUUCUGUCCUUCUUAAAGAUGCAGCACAUGAACCCAGAUCCCCAGAUUAUUGAACCAAUCACCACAGAUAUUAACCCAGAGUGUCUCGUCUCACCAAGAUAUCUGAAGAAAUACAAGAACAAGCAGCCAGGCUAUAUCAGGGACCUGAUCUCUGCUCGUAUCCUAGAGGCCCAUCAGAAUGUGGCGCAGAUGAGUCUCAUAGAGGCCAAGAUGCGCUUCAUCCAGGCCUGGCAGUCGCUGCCAGAGUUUGGGAUCACUCACUUUUUGGCCAAGUUCCAAGGCAGUAAGAGAGAGGAGUUGAUUGGUAUCACCUACAACAGAUUGAUCCGCAUAGACGCCAGCAGCAGAGACGCCAUUAAGACCUGGCGCUUCGCCAACAUGAAACAGUGGAACGUCAACUGGGAGAUCAAGAUGGUUACAGUGGAGUUUGCUGAUGAGCCCAGUCUGGCGUUCACCUGUGCCGAGGUGGACUGUAAGGUGGUGCAUGAGUUCAUUGGUGGCUACAUUUUCCUGUCCACGAGGGCGAAGGACCAGAACGAGUCUCUUGAUGAGGAAAUGUUCUACAAACUCACCAGUGGCUGGGUUUGAGAGAACCUCUGGGCUUAGCAAAAACCGGGUGGGGAAGUAGGGCUGUCAUGGGCUGCCUGGGAUUUUUGUUCAUUUACUCGUUUUCUUGUGGUGGUGUUUUUUUUUUUUUUGUUUUUUCAACCCUUCCAUAUGUCUGGCCACAGUGAUUGUUUGAAAGCUGCCAUCUUAUAUAUAUAUUUUUUAAUUUUGAUUCUGCCUUAAUGCUUAUGAACACCUUUGUAACACUUAUGAGCUGACUUUGAGGAACGUUGAAAAUGUUCUUCCCUUUCGCCCAAAGCUUCACCUUUUAGCUGAGAAUUAAUUGUUUGCUGAAGGCGAGCAGCUACUUUCACAGAGACGGCUGCUUCUUGUUUCUUUCCCAGAGGUGCUUCAUGUUUGUGGUUGCUGCAGUUUUGGAAGUUUGUCACCACUUCAGCAUACUACAGGGGGGUUAGUGUGACAUUUCACCCUUGCAUGCUUAUACUCAAGCUUGUCUUAAAUGUCACUUUUAGUGUUCUGAUCCGAUUGUUUUGAGAGGUCUUGUCUUGGUGUGCAUUUGCCUUUAUUCUAAUGCAGUUCUUGUACUGCUUCACUUAUUUUAUUAUAAUUUUUUUUUAAUGUCAUAACUUUAAUUUAUGCUCCGUUUAUCGUCCCCAUGUCGUUAACAAUAUGUUUGGCAACAGCUGCCAUUUUAUGAAGGACAUAUCCAGCACGAAGAGUGUCGUUCUACAUGAGUUAGGGUCUUUCUGGAUCAGUGUGAAGUCAACCAGAAUACUCAGAACUACUUGCAAGUAGCUAAGACUAGGCUUUUGUUUUAGUGCGAUCACUUGGCAAGAUAGGAAGCACUUCUUUAUUGAAGAAAAGAUCUGUACAUGAAUAAGCUGUAGUUUACUUUUUUGCCUCACAUCCUAAAUCAGCAUGAGAUUGUGUAUUGAUCAUCACUAUAGCCAUUAGUGGAUGGAUUUUAGGCUUCUUUUCCCACUAAACACAACACCUUUUCGGGUUUAUUCUCACACCAAGCAGUUUGCAACGCACGUAAACAGGAUGCUGAAAAGCUACACAAUGAAGGAAUGAUUCCAGGGAUCUCAACCUGCUAACUCUCUCCAGUAAUGGCGUCUUGAAGAAAAUGGUCUGUCUGCCAAGUGAGCACAGCCUUUACCCUCCUGUUCAGUAUGAAGUCAGUGAAGAUGACCUCAGAUGUGCUCUGGAGCCUGCUUGCUCUCGGCUGAAAAAAAAAAAGUGUCGUGAUGCGUUUGUUUAAUAUUUUUCUGUACAGCCUCCUCUUCUGUCGUUCACACUUUUGCCUAAACCAUAAAGUAUUAUUCAAAGUUAUAUUGUUAUGCACCAGCAGUAGGUUAUUAUGUUUUGAAGGCAGUACAUGCAAUGUUCAUCUUUAUUUCCAUGAAUAUGAAGGAACUAAAUGAAGUAUUAGUUUUUGUAACUAAUGUAAAAACAAUUUUAUAGAAUUGUACAGGUAUUUUUUUUUUUUUUUGCUCCUUUUCUCUCUUUUUUUAAAUGCUUUUUUUUUUCCAGAAGAGAAGGAAAAAGCCAUUUUUUUGAGCAUUGCUUGGAAUGAUGUGUACCUGCCUAUGUUAAGGUCUUAUUAAGUUUUUAAGAGUAAAAAUAUAUAUAAGUAUAUCUAAUGUGGUGAAGCAUGUCUCAAGCUCCAGGUUUAGCUGCUGCACAUUUCAGCACUCACGUGGAAGGGCUUGUUUCAUUUUCUGUUACUUUUAUCCAGUCUUUAAAUUAAACACGGUAUGUAAAUUUGACUUCCUGUUUGAUGCAUUGGAGUAUUUGAUGUUUACGUUUUGUUUUUAUGAUUUUAUUUGUUAGCACACAGGAAUGAAUUAUCUUUUAGCAGCAUUUUUUUGUCCUCGGUGUCAUUUAUAGCAAGUUGCAAGUAAAAUAAUAGACCCUGUUUUUUUUUUUUUUUAUUAAUACUGUAUGAAUGCUAAUUUUAAGAGAUGAAUUAUGAAGGAGAACUAUCGCCCCCUGGAGUUUGAGACAAAAUUGUCAUAAAAUGAAGUACAAUAAAAGCUACUUUGGUA